AUGGCGCUGGUAGCGAAAAGGCCUAGGAGCCCGACGGGAGAGGAUGCGCUGGUGGCGAAGAAGAGCAAGGGAGAUGAGAAGGAAGAGCACAGAACAUCUGCCCUCCUUGCUCCCAUCAUGCUCCUUCAGGGUCAUGGCGGAGAGGUUCUGACUGUAAGGUUCGAUCCCACCGGGAAGUACCUUGCAUCUGCAGGGCAUGACAAGGAUAUUUUCCUAUGGGAGGUCUACGGAGACUGCGUGAAUUAUGGGGUGUUGAAGGGACACAAGCAGGCUGUUUUGCAACUGCAGUGGUCAUUUGAUGGGAGUAACUUGUGGUCUUGCGCAGCUGAUAAGAUGGUCAUGUUCUGGGACGCGGAGACUGGAAAGAGAAUAAAGAAAUUCUCCGGUCAUAGCAGCUUUGUGAACUCCUGCUGCUGCACUCGCCGUGGCGUUCUGAUCGGAGCCAGUGCGUCUGAUGACGGUACGAUCAAAGUUUGGGACCCCAGAGUCCGCAACGCAGUCACGUCGCUGGAGGAAAGCUACCAGGUGACGGCGGUGGAGCUGAGCGACGACGGCAACAGGGUGUUCUCGGGUGGCCUCGACAACGAAAUCAAGAUCUGGGACCUCCGAAAGGAAGAGAUCGAGCUGACAAUGUCUGGCCAUACCGACACUCUCACAGGGUUGCGGUUGAGUCCUGACGGUCAGAUGCUCUUGUCCAACGCCAUGGACAACACCGUCAGAGUGUGGGACACUCGUCCUUUCGUCGAAGGAUCGCGCUGUAAGCUAGUCAUGGGAGGUCACAUGCACAACUACGAGAAGAAUCUGAUCCGAUGCGCUUGGUCCCCGGACGCCGCGCGCGUCGGAUCCGGCAGUGCAGACAAGAUGGUGUAUGUGUGGGACGCAGAGCACGGGAAGCUGCAGUACAAGCUGCCGGGGCACGCAGGAUGUGUCAACGAGGUUGAUUUUCAUCCCUUUGAACCCAUCAUUGCAUCCGCUAGCUCCGACAAGAAGAUUUACCUCGGGGAGCUCGAGCCGACCUAG